CUGUAUUAGGAGCAGGCGUUGUUGGCCUAACUACGGCCAUUGAGCUUAAAAAAUGGAACCCAAGUUUGGAAAUCACAAUUGCGGCGCGCCACUUCCCUGGUGAUCUUGCUCAUUCUUACACUUCUCCACGGGCUGGUGCUAACUGGCAGUCAUUUGCAACGGGCCAAGAUUCCAAACUACAGAAAAUAGAUCAGCCAGGAUAUGAGAAGUUUAUGCGUUUAGCUGUUGAUGAUCCAAGAGCAGGUAUCUGGAUCGUUGACAAUACGACAUACCACACAAAGUAUGAUGUAACUAUCGCUAAAGGUAAUUUUCAAAGCUUCAUUCCCUGGUACAAGGACUUCGUUCAAGGGUUCAAAGUACUUGAAGAGGACAAGAUCCCAUUUGAUGACAUCUCAUUCGGUACAUCCUUCAAAGGUGUUGUCAUCACCGUGCCAAUUUACCUUUCGUACUUGGUUCAACAGAAUAAAGAAUUGGGAAACACAUUCAAGAAGAUCCCUCUCAUAGAAAGCAUCAAAGAGGCAAGAGCUAUCACAAACUAUCCUGAUUAUGUUAUUAAUGCAACUGGAUUAGGAGCUACUAAAAUACAAGGAGUGGAGGACAAAAAGGAGAAUUUCCCCGUCAAAGGUCAGACACUUUUAGUAAAAAACAAUGCCAGAUCAGCUGUUGUAGUUCAAGGAUUCCCUGGACUACCCGAUGAGAUGCUCUAUGUAAUGCCUAGACGAGAUGGUGGAUCAAUCAUUGGUGGAUGCUUCAGACCUGGAGACGAAUCCACUGAAGAAGACAAAGAGUUCACAGCUAGGUUAGUAAGAAGAGCAACUAAGUAUGUUCCUGAGUUGGUCGACCCAAAGUUCAAAAACAAUUCCACAAAAAUUGAGGUCAAAAGAGUUAACGUAGGUGUCAGACCAUUUAGAGAAGACGGGGUUAGAAUUGAAGUGGAUCCGAAGUACAAGUGGUUGAUUCAUGACUAUGGAGCCGGCGCCGGUGGCUAUCAAGGAAGUGUUGGAAUGGACCGCAAAGUAGUUGAGGUUUUGAAGAAGGAGUUAUCACGAAUAAAGGCAAAAAUCUAUGGCCACGGACCAUUUGAGCUAUGGGAAAACGCUGUAUCAAAAAAACAAUUCAGAUGGUUCGGCGUGUCCCUACGGAUGACACAACACAACUUCAAUACAUAUACCUUCUCAACCCUCAAUAUGUUACAACGUGUGUAG